AUGGUCGAGCCAGUGGCGGAUGCGAAGGGGGUGCGGCCCUGGGCCGAGGCAGACCUAGCCCAUUUUCUAAAGUCGGGCAGCGAUUUCGCCAUCGUCAGGCGGCUGCCCUGCCAUGAGAAGCCCCAGGAGGUGGGCCAGGUGCUGCCGCUGGCGGACCUCGAAAAUACCCUUGGGCCCGAGCGGAUCCUAGUCUUGGAUUCGUCCUUCAAUCCACCGACCAAGGCGCACAGACAGAUGGCGAUCGAGGCCGUGGCGCAUUACGGUUCGCACGGGACGCGGCUCCUCCUGCUGCUGUCGGUCAACAACGCCGAUAAGGCGGCCAAGCCGGCGGCGUUCCCGGCACGGUGGGCCAUGAUGGAGCUACUCGCCCGGGACCUGGCCCUCUACUUCUGGGAGCAGCAGGAGCAAGCGGACCGCCAGCGCGCCGCGGGAUGGCCCAAGCAUGAGCUCUCACCCUGGUUCGGCAUCGACAUGGCGCUGACGACGCUCCCCUACUUCCACCAGAAGAGCGAGGCCCUGGCGGCGGCGGAGACCCACACGUUCGUGCCGCGUUGGCCGAACACGGACAGGCGUGCGCAGCAGGUGCUGCUCGUCGGGUUCGACACUCUCACCAGAAUCCUGGACCCCAGGUACUACCCCCCGGGGCGGGUAGCUGAGACGCUGGGGCCCAUGUUCGAACGGGCGACGCUGCGGGUGACGCUGCGGGCGGGCGCGUCGGCUAUCGAUGGGUGGGAACAGCGAAGAUACGUGUCGGCCGUGCGGACGGGCCGGGACUGCAAGUGGACGCAGUGGACGUGGAGAGAAAAGGUCGUGGUGGCUGAAGAGACCCACAGGGCCCUCGGUGCCGAGACCGACAUCAGCAGCACGCGGGCAAGGACGGCGGUCGCAGAACAGAAUUGGGCCCUGCUCGCGACGCUGGUGCCUCCGAAAAUCGCACAAUGGAUCCAAGAGCAAGAACUAUACAGGGAGGAAAGCCAAGGAUCGAGUACGGAGGGGGGUCAGGCAUUGCAUCAUCCGGAGGGUCCAACAUCGCAGGCGGAGGAGACCCGAGCAUCGUACACCGAAGCAGGCCAGGCACCGUAG